UCUGGGAAACCGCCGACUUCCGGCCGCGCAGUGGUGGGCGGAGCCAAGAUGGCUGAGGAGCGAGUCGCGACGAGAACUCAGUUUCCCGCAUCUACUGAGUCUCAAAAACCCCGGCAGAAAAAAGCUCCAGAGUUUCCUAUUUUGGAGAAGCAGAACUGGUUGAUUCAUCUUCAUUAUAUCCGGAAAGAUUAUGAAGCAUGCAAGGCUGUUAUCAAAGACCAGCUUCAGGAGACUCAGGGAUUGUGUGAAUAUGCUAUCUAUGUCCAAGCAUUGAUAUUUCGCCUGGAAGGAAAUAUCCAAGAAUCCCUAGAACUCUUCCAGACAUGUGCCGUUCUUAGCCCUCAGAGUGCUGAUAAUCUCAAGCAGGUGGCAAGAUCUUUAUUUCUUUUGGGAAAACAUAAAGCUGCCAUUGAAGUCUAUAAUGAAGCAGCUAAACUCAACCAGAAAGAUUGGGAGAUCAGCCAUAACCUAGGAGUUUGCUACAUUUAUCUGAAGCAGUUCAACAAGGCACAAGACCAGUUGCACAAUGCCCUGAAUCUUAAUAGGCAUGAUCUGACUUAUAUAAUGCUGGGGAAGAUCCACCUGCUGGAGGGAGACUUGGACAAGGCCAUUGAAAUCUACAAGAAAGCAGUGGAGUAACCUUUUGAGAAUGACUGAAUUACUUUCUCUGUGCUGUGUGUUCAGGCCAUCUUGGCAGCAGGCAGCAUGAUGCAGACCCAUGGGGACUUUGAUGUUGCCCUCACCAAAUACAGAGUUGUGGCUUGUGCUGUUCCAGAAAAUCCUCUACUCUGAAAUAACAUUGAAAUGUGUUUCUUCGGCAAGAAGAAAUAUGUGGCAGCCAUCAGCUGCCUGAAACGAGCCAACUACUUGGCACCCUUCGAUUGGAAGAUUCUGUAUAAUUUGGGCCUCGUCCAUUUGACCAUGCAGCAGUAUGCAUCAGCUUUUCAUUUUCUCAGUGCAGCCAUCAACUUCCAGCCAAAGAUGGGGGAGCUCUACAUGCUCUUGGCAGUGGCUCUGACCAAUCUGGAAGAUAUAGAGAAUGCCAAGAGAGCCUACGCAGAAGCCGUCCACCUGGAUAAGUGUAACCCUUUAGUAAACCUGAACUAUGCUGUGCUGCUAUACAACCAGGGCGAGAAGAGGAGCGCCCUGGCCCAAUAUCAGGAGAUGGAGAAGAAAGUCAACCUACUCAAGGACAGUAGCUCUCUGGAAUUUGACUCUGAGAUGGUGGAGAUGGCUCAGAAGUUGGGAGCUGCUCUCCAGGUUGGGGAGGCACUGGUCUGGACUAAACCAGUUAAAGAUCCCAAAUCAAAGCACCAGACCACUUCAACCAGCAAACCUGCCAGUUUCCAGCAGCCUCUGGGCUCUAAUCAAGCUCUAGGACAGGCAAUAUCUUCAGCAGCUGCAUACAGGACGCUGCCCUCAGGUGCUGGAGGAACAUCCCAGUUCACAAAGCCACCAUCUCUUCCUCUGGAGCCAGAGCCUGCCGUGGACUCAAGUCCAUCUGAAACAUCCGAACAAAUAAGAGAGAAAUAAGAAUAGAAUGACCCCAAAGUAGUGUUUUUUUGGGUGAGGAUAAUGCUGGAUUAGUAAAGGUGACAUGACUCAGGCAGAGUGGCAGCCACCACAGAAUUAAAACACAGAACACCGUGUGUUUAUGAUCACAGGGAGCCAGCAGAUGAGCCUAAGGUCCUUCCUUCACACCUGGUACUAGCAUUUGAGGUCGGAAACCCUCCAUUGCCCCAUAAGCCAGGAAACAGUGAAAAGACAACAUAGUUCAAGAACUGGGAACAAGAGGCUGUAUGUAGUUCUAAGUAAGGUAUAUGAUGCUGUUUGCUUUCAAAAGGACAGUUAUCUCCUAGCUGGCUGACCCCUUCCUUAGUUCAAGGAACAGCUGAGACAGACCUCUGCUGAGUAGCCCUGUGAUGAUCCUCAGGUUGUGGGGUUUAUUAGUCCCCAAGGCAAACACAAAUACUGUAUUAAUAAUCCAACUUUAAUAGCAUAAAUUUAAAAGAAAAAAAUAAAAGCUCUGUAAGUAAGUUGAGGCCCAGCCUGGUGAGUAUCACAGCUGCCUUUGCCCAGAGGGAAUCAAGAACAAGUUCCUCUAGAAGCCAGAUCCUAUCAGUAUCAUGAGGAGCAGCCCAGGGCUUGUCUGGCUUAGCACCAAGGAUUCUAAAAGAGUUUCUUAGAUGAGUAAUUGUUAUUGAAGACAGUCAGUGAUAACCGCCAACCAGAUGCUAUCAACACACUAUAUGUCCUUUUUAGAAUAAAGAUUAUGUAUCAUUCCUUUGGGGAAAAUUGUUACUCAGGUAUAAAAACAAGAGAUUACAAUAAAAACUGAAAAGAACCUA